CUUCUUCGUCUUCAUCACUUCUCUGCUUCUCCUCGUGCCCUUAUUCUUUUCGAUCGUCCCUCUCCGCCGCUUCCGUAGUCAUACAGAGUUUGACAUCAUGAGGAAGAAGCUUGAUACUCGUUUCCCCGCUGCUCGAAUCAAGAAGAUUAUGCAGACUGAUGAGGAUGUUGGGAAGAUAGCUCUGGCUGUGCCGCUCCUGGUUUCGAAAGCCUUGGAGCUGUUUCUGCAGGAUUUGUGUGACCGGACUUAUGAGAUUACGCUGAAGAGGGGAGCCAAGACCAUGAAUUCUCUGCAUUUGAAACAGUGUGUGAAGACGUUUAAUGUUUUUGAUUUCUUGAAGGAUAUUGUCAGUAAGGUUCCUGAUUUAGGGGGGUCUGAUGCUGUUGGGGAUGAAUGUUCGGUUGCAAAGAGAAGGAAAGUGAGUGUCGAUGAUGAGGAUACCGAGAGUGAUGAUGAGACCAAGAGGAGUAAGAUGAUGAUUGAUGGUGGUAAUACUGUUGGAAGUGGCAGAGGAAGGGGUAGAGGUAGAGGAAGGGGGAGGAAACUAGUUGCUGAUGAUGAAGACACUGAUACUGAUGAAGAGUCCAAGGCGAGUAUGAUGGUGCAUGAUGCUGGUAACACCCCUGGAAGUGGAAGGGGAAGAGGAAGGGGUAGGGGCAGGCCUAGAGGUCGCCCACGUGGUAGUCGGACAGUAGGGAGGGAGAUAAGUGCACCUAAUGAGAAAUACGAGGAUGAUUUGGAUAUUAGUAAGCACGAGGACAAGCUUGAUGAACCCCUUGAGUUGCGAGAUGAUGCUAUAGAGCCUAAAGGGUCAAAGGAAAACAUUUCAGGUGCCAAUAGUGCAGAAAUAGCAGCUCGGAAUUUUGAUUUGAAUGUGGACUUGAAUGAAAAUGAGGACUCAGCAACUACAUCAGCUGCUGUUCAUGGUCCUGUUCCAGCUCCUUCUACUGCUACUGCUACUGCUACUGCUACUGCUACUGCUCCUGUUCCUGCUAAUUUGUCUUCACAGUUUACUCCUGAUAUGAAGCAUGUGGAAUUCCUAGGUUGGCCUUUGACGGGCAUGGAAACAAUGGCCAUUGAUCCCGUGCAACUUGCCAAUUUGACUAGGAAGAUAGAUGAGGAUGAGGAAGAUUAUGAUGAAGAUUAACCAACUAUGACAGUGUGUCUAGGUAUCUGUUGUUGCUCACCUCCCGUAACUCAUUUCUUUCUUCUGACGCAUGGGUGGAGUAGAUGUUAGGAAAAAGGUUGUUACUGAAGGUUAGAGUGCACAGUAGCAUAGGGAGAAAGGACUGAUUCACCAUUGUAGGCAAGGUUAGGACUGGUAAUUUAAGUUAAACUUCUUUUGAAGUUUGUAGUUAUGUUUAUAUAUCAGUCACUAACAACAGUUGAAAACAUAUGAUUUUCUUGGUGAUAUUGAAGUCCUUGACUUUUUUUCAUUUGCUUCUGAUAAGGAAAAGGAAUAAAUGGAAGAACUAAAGUAAGUUUAUAACUAUGCAAAUCUGUUUAUUUAGUUAAGCGUUUUAGCCUUUUCUUAUCUUUAGUAUAUGAUAUGACUCAUAUGUGGGUGUGGAUAUACAUACACACAUACAUAUAUAUACAUAUGUGUGUGUUUGUGUGUCUGACAUAUAUGUUUACUACUAAUGGUUGUCUAAAUUCUGGUGGCUAAUUUACUUUUGCAUCGACCUUGUGGUGCACAAAUAUCAUUUCUGUGUCAUGGAUAUAGUUUUUGAAAUGGUGUAAGAAAUCUCAUGAAUGAUCUUCUUUUCCCAGAAUGUUCUAAAACAAAUGUAAUUCUCAUACUGAUGGGAUUGAAGGUAUGUUUUAUGAAUUACAAAACCAGUAUUUAUAAUGUAUUGUAUGGAGCGGUAUUCUGGGUAGAUUGGAAAUUCAGAAUCUGAACUUUUUAUAGAUAGAAUGAUAGAUUGAUAAAUCAAUGUAAGAAAUAUCUAGCAAUUCUUUUUCGUUGGUUUCAAUUCCUUGCAUUUCACUCAUUCCUUUCAUUUUAACAUGUUUUGUUUAUUCAUAUACUAUUCAAAAAAAGGGAAAAAAAUGAAAUGCCUUUUUCAUAUGUAUGUGUCUUUAUAACAAACUAAAAGAACGGCUAUUAGUAUAUAUA